CUUCGCGUGCUUCGCGCGAGUAUUUCGUACGAAUAGCGUCAAGCAUUGUUUCCGGCAGUCGGCUGUGUUUACGUCCUGAAGGGACAAAUUAUUUCAAAGUUUCAGUAAUAAGUACAAAAUUAUGCCGGGAGCAAGUUACUUUCUCAGCAAGUUAGCUACACAGAUUCCUGGUCCUCUUGUGGGGUCUACUGUUGUGAAGAACCAGCCUCCUCCAUGCUUGGAACUGGUUCCAGUAUCGCCAGUGAAAACAGUCACAAAUGAUUCAUCUCUAACCAUCCCGUACAGUGACUGUCGAGAUGUUGUGUGUGUCCCUCCAAAAGAUCCUGAAGUUUAUGAGAAUGUUUACUGCAGACCAAUGGUCAGGCAAUACAUGCCCUCUGGAAACAGAGCGUCAAUUUUUGCAACUUUACCCAUUAGCAUGAAAGGCCUAGAUGAAAAUCCUGUCGGGGAACUGCAAGAAUUGUGUACUAAAAUGCGAUGGGUGUUCCCAUCAUAUACCGUUUGCUGUGAAAAUGGACAGCCUCAUGAACGAACAUUUGUCAUUGGAGUGCGGCUGUACAAUGUUAGAGAUAAAGGUGAAGCUAAAUCAAAGAAGGCUGCAAAGCGGGAAGCAGCUCGAAAUCUGUUAUUUCAGCUCCUGGAGAGGUCAGCAGGCCAGCGGCAUGCUAAUCUUGCUCCCAGUGCUGCUGUUGAAUACAGGCCUACUUCAGAGGCCUCUAUAAAGCAUCCUGAAUCUCUGCAGCUUCAGCCAUAUCAAGAGCUCCCACCACAUUCAAAAUGCAUUGACAUGCUGCAAGAACUUGCAAGUAGACGUAACUUGCGCGUUGUCUAUAUUCGCCUGGACUCAAAAACAUCCACAGGCCUAAUUCAGGUGAUGCUACAAAUUUCAACAUCUCCUGUGAUUGUGGUAAGUGGUCAAGGCCGAACCUUAUUGGAAGCCAAAGCUGAAGCAGCUCUCAAUGCAUUGGAAUGUAUACGCAUUACAGCCAAAAAGAUGACUUUUCAAUCCAUGAAUCUACCUCUUUAAGUAACAAGAAAAUGUUCAAUUUUGCACUAGUCAAACCAUACACAGUGGCUGAGUGCACUCAUCUGUCAUUGUUAUGUGAAGUGUGCAACAGUUCUAAAUCCUGAGUUGGAUUUAGAAGUACAUUUGUUGCAUACUUUUCAUUAUCCCCCACUUUUUUGGUUAAGUUAUCAACAUUAUUAAAUAUUUUGUUGACUAUUAGAAAAAAAUUUAUCAACAUUAAAUUAAGUACGUAUUUCUUUUUCUCUGAGUCCUUUUAACAACUCUAUAAUCAUCUUUUGCAUUGUACAACUGAGACAUUGCUUUAUAAAUGAUUUUUAUGAUAUCAGUUUGGUGUAAAUCUCAAAUUACUGAAAAUUUAUGUCACUUAGGAAUCAGAUGUGAUCACAAAUCAAUCAAGGACUUAUUUAAAGCUUUUGUUGCCUAAACAUGUUUGGGACAGUUCCUCUCCUAUUGUAAAAGCUAGAGCCAUUUUACAUUCUUCCUGGUGAAGAAUUGUUGUACAUACGUUUUGUAAGCUACAACAACAAUAGUGUGAUAAAAAUAUUUGCAAGUAUGAUUCUGAAGAUUUUAAUAUAGAUGUACAACAGUUGUAGGAGAGAAAUGUGUUUGAAACCACAUUGAAUGGCAUGUCAUUAUAACUUAAAAUCUUCAGUACAUUACUUAAUGUACAAUUUAUUUGUAGUGAUGUUGUCUUGAGAUUCCCAAUUUUUAUAGAUGAUGAGUAUGUGUGUUAGACUUUUUCGUUUGAUCUCUUUUACCUGGAAUAUUGUAUUAGGGCAAGGUUGAGCGUCAAUUAGUGUUUUGCUGUAUUGAGAAAAAAACAACUGAAAACAAGUUAGACUGCUGUUCUGGAAGCUUUCAUAAACUACAGUGUCUAUAUUGUUUACCACUACAAUACUUGUUAACGUUUAAGUAUUUCUUGGUGAGUCAGGACGCAGCUAAUUCAUGCUGUACUAGUGUCUGACCCAACAACAGACCAUGGAGUUUAUGAAAGCUUUCCUCUUUUUAGGAUGUUAUGAAAUGUUGUCGUUGCACACUAUAUUUUUCACCAUGUGACUGUAUCUCCCCCUCCUCCUCUUUAAUCAAGCAAAAAUAGGAAAAAUGAGUGAGCUUCAAGAUGUGAUAAAUCUGAAGUGACUGUUUCCCUCUGACAUUGUGAACAAAUCAAAUCUGUCGCUUUGGCUUCGUGCGUUGUGUGCUUCAUAAAAUAAAGGGAACAGUUAAUGAAU